AUGUCUAGUUGUUGCUGCUUCAGUGGCCUUGUCUCUUCAAGGACGCUGGGGUCGGCACUUGCUGCUGUCCCCCGCGAUGGAGUUCAGUCCCUCGAUGACAUUCUACUGGUCAUGGCGAGGAAGGAGAACCGCGUUUCCGGAAGAAUGAGGAUGAGCACGAGAGUUGAUGCGGCGGUGGUUAAUAAGGGAAGCGAUGGAGCGGGGAAUUGUCGCAGCGUAGACGGCGCUAGGCGUCAGGCGAAGUGGAUUUCUUACGGGGGGUGUAUCCCUUCGAUCUUGCGGGCGUUAGAAGCCGUAAGAGACCUGGACGAGGCUCUCAAGCCCUGGGAGGAGAGCCUCAGCGACAAAGAGAGGAGCAUCAUUCUCCACGAGCAGUUCGACUGGGAGAGGGCGCUGGAGAUAUUCGAGUGGUUCAAGAGGAAGAAAUGCUACAAGCUCAACGUGAUUCAUUACAACAUCAUGCUUCGGAUUCUGGGGAGGGAGAGGAAAUGGGAUUUGGUGAAGUCCCUCUGGUGUGAGAUGCAGGCCGACGGGACUGCGCCGUCGAAUCCUACGUACGGCACGUUGAUUGAUGUUUUCAGCAAAGGGGGAAUGGAGAAAGGAGCCCUUCUCUGGUUGGCGGACAUGUACAAGAGAGGGAUGGAACCCGAUGAGGUUACCAUGGGGAUUGUCAUGCAGACUCACAAGAAGGCGGGUCAAUUCAGAGAGGCCCAGCAGUUCUUCAAAAUCUGGUCAUCUUCUACCUCUGAUUCCUCCUCAAUGCAGGGGAACCUCAGCUCGCACACAUAUAACGCUUUGAUCGAUAUACAUGGAAAGGCUGGGCAACUUAAAGAGGCAUCGGACCUGUUUGCUGAAAUGCUUAAACAAGGUAUCGUCCCAAACACUGUGACCUUCAAUACGAUGAUUCACAUAUGUGGGAAUCAUGGCCAAUUGGAGGAAGUGGCUGCACUUUUGGGGAAGAUGGAAGAGAUCCGAUGCUUUCCCGACUCAAGGACAUACAACAUCCUCAUCUCAAUAUAUGUUAAAUCUGAUGAUAUCGAUGCGGCAGCUGGUUCCUUCUCAAAAAUGAAGGCAUCUGGUCUCCUGCCGGACGCUGUUAGCUACAGAACGCUCUUGUAUGCAUUUUCCAUAAGGCAAAUGAUCAAAGAAGCCGAGACCCUUGUCAUGGAGAUGGAGGACCAAGGUAUUGAGAUGGACGAGUACACACAAACAGCGCUGACCAGAAUGUAUGUCGAUGUUGGGAUGCUUGAGAAAUCCUGGCUGUGGUUUCUCCGGUUUCAACAUGAGAUGAGUUCAGAAUGCUACGCUGCCACCAUUGAUGCCUUUGGCGUGCAUGGCCACCUGUCUCUAGCGGAGAAAGCCUUUGGGUGUUCUGUUGUCAAACAGAAACUCAGUGUGCUCGUUCUAAAUGUGAUGAUUAAAGCAUAUGGAAUCGCCAAGAAUACCGCUAAAGCUUGUGAGACCUUUGAUAGCAUGGAAAAAUAUGGGUUUUCCCCAGAUAAAUGUGCAUAUAAUUCUAUUGUACAGAUCUUGUGUAGCGCUGAAUUGCCCCACAGAGCAAAGUUCUAUGUCCGUAAGAUGCAGGAGGCAGGUUUCAUGAGUGACUGUGUUCCAUACUGUUCGGUGAUAUCCAGCUUUGCUAGGAUUGGUAAAGUGGGAAUGGCAGAAGAGCUAUUCAGAGAAAUGACUGAGUUCAGAGUCCAACCCGACAUUGUUGUCUUCGGCACCCUCAUAAAUGCAUUUGCAGAAGCUGGAAAUAUUCGAAAGGUCAACGAAUAUGUUGAUUCGAUGAAAGGUGCGGGUUUUGCGGUCAACUCAAUUAUAUGCAAUUCCUUAAUAAGGCUUUAUACAAAUAUCGGAGACCUGCACGAGGCCCAAGAAACAUAUAAACUACUCCAAUCUUUUGAGAAAGGACCAGAUGUGUUUGCUUCCAACUGCAUGAUCGAUCUUUACAGCGAGAACUCCAUGGUUAGAGAAGCUGAAGGCAUCUUUGAUAGCUUGCAGAAAACAGGGGAGGCAAAUGAGUUCUCCUUCUCAAUGAUGGUGAACAUGUACAAGAAGGCUGGGGAGUUUGGCAAGGCCCUGGCUAUUGCACAGGAGAUGCGCGGUAAGGCACUUCUCUCGGAUGCAUUGAGCUACAAUACCCUGAUUGGGUUAUAUGCAUCCGACGGCAGGAUGAAGGAAGCCGCUCAAUUAUUCAUUGAAAUGUUGCACCUUGGUGUUCUGCCCAAUGACUCUACAUUUGCAUCUCUCGGGAUCGGCCUGGUCAAAAGGGGAGUAUCAAAGGGAGCCAUCAAACACCUGGAGCUGGCAAGGAAAAAGGACGUUCAGACUGGUCUGCAGGCAUGGAAGGAGACCAUUUAUUCCGUCAUAGGCUUGAGUGGCGAUGCUACUGACUUGGGCACUCGAGUGGGGGACUUUCUUAAAAUGGAUUCAGCUGCUGGAAGUGUUCUCUUGGGUGGAAUUCAGACUCUCAGUAAACCAGUAAAUCCCAAACAGUGUUCAUAUGGAUGA